AUGAGCAGCAUUUACAAGUAUAACACCGUAAACAUGGAAAGUUCUCGAUUCUUGUCGAUCAUCUUCUUUUUUUACACGAUAAUAUUAUCGUUCCGCUCGGUCAGUUGCGGAGACAACAACGAUCUCGUAACAAACCAAGCCGCUUUGUUCGUGUUCGGAGAUUCUCUGUUCGAUGCCGGAAAUAACAAUUACAUCGAUACUUUCUCUAGAUUUCGGUCUAAUAUCUGGCCGUACGGUCAAACAUCGUUCAAAUCGCCCACCGGAAGAAUCUCAGAUGGACGCUUGAUUCUUGAUUUUCUCGCGGAGUACGCAUGGUUACCGUUGAUCCCGCCAAAUCUACAACCAGGCAACGGUAAAAAUCAGUUUACCUUUGGGGUAAAUUUUGCUUCAGGCGGUGCCGGAGCUUUGGUCGGAACCUUUCCCGGAAUGGUGAUAAAUUUGGGAACACAGUUAAAAAACUUCAAAACCGGUGAAAAGAGACUGAGAUCUGAGUUGGGAGAUUCAGAGGCCAAGAGGGUUUUCUCAAGAGCGGUUUAUCUAUUUCAUAUUGGAGCCAACGACUAUAUUUAUCCCUCGUUAUUUGCAAAUUCCUCCACUAUGCAAUCCAAUUCCAAGGAGAAACUCACCGAUUUUGUUUUCGGUAACAUAACCGCCGUAAUCGAGGAAGUGUAUAAUAUUGGAGGUAGAAAGUUCGGAUUCUUGAAUAUAGGAGCGUAUGAUUGUGCACCAGCCUCAUUGAUUAUUGACCGAACAAAGAUAGGAUCUUGUUUCAAGCCAAUCACCGAGCUGAUCAAUCUGCAUAACAAAAAGUUGCCUAACGUGUUAAAGCGUCUAGAGCGUGACCUAUCUGGAUUCAAAUAUGCCCUUCACGAUUAUCACACUUCUCUAUCCGAAAGAAUCAACUAUCCUUCGAAAUACGGGUUUAAGGAAGGUAAGAAGGCAUGUUGUGGGAGUGGACCAUUGAGGGGAAUCAAUACUUGUGGAGGCCGAGUUUUGGGAGGUUAUAAAUUAUGCGAGAAUGUUAAUGACUACUUGUUCUUCGAUUCAUUUCAUUUGACGGAGAAGGCUCAUAGACAGAUCGCAGAGCUUAUUUGGAGUGGACCGUCGAAUGUUACUGGACCUUAUAAUCUCAAAACAUUGUUUGAGUUGAAAAUCCUAGUUGACUCAAAGCUUUGCCACCAAAAAAUCGAGGGGAUUCACAAACCUUUGGUCGUUGUAGCAAAUGCAUGGGCAGUAAGGAAGUAUAUUGAACUUCUCUUGGUCAACUUAAUACUUUUCUACACAAAGCUUCUUCACAUAACAAACUACUUUUGUAUAAAUAAGAACACAACAUUUAAUAUGGAAAGCUCUCGAUUAGUUUCGGUAAUUUUCUUCGUCUACACGAUAAUCUUAUCGAUCAGUUCAAUAAACUGCACAGUGAAUACAAAUCUAGUAACAGACCAAGCUGCGUUGUUCGUGUUCGGAGAUUCUUUGUUCGAUGCCGGAAACAACAACUACAUCAAUACAACUUUCCAAUCGAAUUUCAGGCCUUAUGGUCAAACCACUUUCAAGUUUCCCACAGGAAGAGUCUCGGACGGACGUUUGAUUCCUGAUUUCAUCGCUGAGAACGCAUGGUUACCGUUGAUCCCACCAAAUCUACAGCCAAGCAACAAUAAUAAUCAAUUUACCUAUGGGGUUAGUUUUGCUUCUGCCGGUGCCGGAGCUUUGGUGGAAACCUUUCCCGGAAUGGUUAUAGAUUUGGAAACACAGUUAAUAAGCUUCAAAAACGUCGUAAGGAGCUUGAGAUCUGCCUUGGGAGUGGUAGAGGCUAAUAGGGUUUUCUCAAGAGCUGUUUAUCUGUUUAGUAUUGGAAGCAACGACUAUUUUUAUCCCAUAAAUGCAAACUCUUCUCUUUUCCAAUCCAACUCCAACGAGAAAUUCGCCGAUAUUGUUAUUAGUAACAUGACAUCCGUGAUCGAGGAAGUGUACAAAAUGGGAGGAAGGAAGUUCGGAUUCUUGAAUAUGGGAGCAUAUGAUUGUGCACCAGCCGCAUUGGUCUUAAAUACAACAAAUAUAGGAUCUUGUUACGAACCACUCACCAAAUUGAUCGAUUUGCACAACAAGAAGUUAUCGGAAGCUUUAAGGCGGCUACAGCGUCAACUACCCGGAUUCAGAUAUGCCCUUCACGACUAUCGCACUUCUUUAUUGGAAAGAAUCAACAAUCCUAUGAAAUACGGGUUUAAGGAAGGGAAUAAUGGAUGUUGUGGAAGCGGACCAUUUAGAGGAAUCAAUACUUGUGGAAACCGAAUGGGACAAAGUUACGAGUUAUGCGAAAACGUUACGGACUAUUUGUUUUUUGAUUCUUCUCAUUUGACGGAGAAGGCUAAUCGACAAAUCACAGAUCUGUUUUGGAGCGGACCACCUAAUAAAUUCAAACGUGUCGCAAAUAUAUAUAUAAAAGACAAAGCUUCUUCACAUGCAAAAAACAGAACUAUGGAAAGCUCUCGAUUAGUUUCCAUAAUUUUCUUCAUCUACGCAAUAAUCUUAUCGACCAGCUCAAUAAACUGCACAGAGAAUACAAAUCUGUUAACAGACCAAGCUGCUUUGUUCGUGUUCGGAGAUUCUCUGUUCGAUGCCGGAAACAACAACUACAUCAAUACAACUUUCCAAUCGAAUUUCAGGCCGUACGGUCAAACCACUUUCAAGUUUCCCACCGGAAGAGUCUCCGACGGACGUUUGAUUCCUGAUUUCAUCGCUGAGAACGCAUGGUUACCGUUGAUCCCACCAAAUCUACAGCCAAGCAACGACAAUAAUCAAUUUACCUAUGGAGUUAGUUUUGCUUCUGCUGGUGCCGGAGCUUUGGUGGAAACUUUUCCCGGAAUGGUCAUAGAUUUGGGAACACAGUUAAAAAGCUUCAAGAACGUUGUAAGGAGUUUGAGAUCUGCGUUAGGAGAUGUAGAGGCCAAUAGGGUUUUCUCAAGAGCUGUUUAUCUGUUUAGUAUUGGAGGCAAUGACUAUUUUUAUCCCAUAAAUGCAAACUCUUCUCUAUUUGAAUCCAACUCCAACGAGAAAUUCGCCGAUAUUGUUAUUGGGAACACAACAUCCGUGAUCGAGGAAGUGUACAAAAUGGGAGGAAGGAAGUUCGGAUUCGUGAAUGUGGGAGCAUAUGAUUGUGCACCAGCCGCAUUGACCUUAAACACAACAAAUAUUGGAUCUUGUUACGAACCAGUCACCAAGCUGAUCGAUUUGCACAACAAAAAGUUUCCGGAUGCUUUAAGGCGGCUACAGCGUGAACUACCCGGAUUCAGAUAUGCCCUUCACGACUAUCGCACUUCUUUAUUGGAAAGAAUCAACAAUCCUAUGAAAUACGGGUUUAAGGAAGGGAAUAAGGCAUGUUGUGGAAGCGGACCAUUUAGAGGAAUCAAUACUUGUGGGAACCGAAUGGGACAAAGUUACGAGUUAUGUGAAAACGUUACAGACUAUUUGUUUUUCGAUGCCGCUCAUUUGACUGAGAAGGCUCAUCGACAAAUCACAGAGCUGAUUUGGAGCGGACCGCCUAAUGUCACUGGACCUUAUAAUCUCAAAGCUUUAUUUGAAUACAAUUAGGCGUAUUUAGAAUCGCCUUUAUGUCCAUGAUGAAAAUAAGGACGAGAGAUCGUGUUGUUCAUAUACUUUGUAUCUAAAAAUAAAAAUAUUUGUAAAAAAUACUUUCUACCAUAUUUUAAAUUUUGAAAAACAGAUUAAAAU